AAAGCGGGUGGGGAAGAGAUUGACACUGCGGAACCCAGAUCUCAAAGCGUCUUUUGCGCUGGGUGGUGAGUCUGCUUAACAAACUCCAAAAGCGAAGUCAAAACAUGUCGCAGCUCUCCACGAUCACCCUCUUCUUGUUACCAUGGAUUCCAGCCUUUCUCUGUAAGGUUACCACGGAGGAAGAGUUUGCCGUCCUGGAGGGGGGCUCCCUCACCAUCCCCUGCCACUACGAGCCCCAGUACGCCAGCUAUGUGAAAUACUGGUGCCAGGGGCGGACCAGGGAGUUCUGCACGUCGCUGGCUCGAACCGACGACCACCACCUGGUCGAUCCGGCCGAGAAGAAAGUGAACAUUUUCGACGACCCGGUCCAGCUGGUGUUCACCGUGACCAUGACGGACAUGAAGGAGGGCGAGUCGGGGUGGUACAUAUGCGGCGUGGAGAUAGGUGGCGUGUGGGAAGCCGACGACGUCGCUUAUACAGACGUAAAAGUGGUUCACGGCAUGUCAGCUGUGAACAGCAGGAUGAGUGGAGCAGAGGGAAGCGCCGUCACAAUCGAAUGCCUCUACAGUGAGAGAUACAGAGGAAGCGAGAAGAAAUGGUGUCGGAGUGGCGACUGGAGAUCCUGCCUGUCGACAGGUUCUGACGGGAGCUACGAAGACUCCUCCGUGGCCAUCAGAGAUGACAGAACUGGGGCUUUCACUGUAACCUUUAAGAAGCUGCAGAUGAAAGACACGGCGUGGUACUGGUGUUCCGCAGGGCAGCAGCAGACAACCGUGCACGUGCUGGUCACACCCCAACCCACCACCGUUCCACCAGUGUCGAGCCAGUCCUUUGCAGACCUGCCUCCAGCCAAACCCAUCACUAGGGAGACCUGGAGCAGCCACAGUCACAUGUUGGCAUCUGUGGUGGUCUGUUCAUCUGUCAUUUUCCUGGCUGUCGUGGCCAUAUUGGCCAUAAAGUUCUGGAGGCUGCACAAGAGAGACCGGGUUCCAAGAGACGUCGAGGAGAUGAGGGCGAAAUUCAGCGGCUGCUCAAGAGAAGCAGGUGACUUUCAAAACGCGGCAGUACUUUUCCUUCCCAACAAGGAUUCCCAAGAUGUGCUCGUGUACUGAUAUCUGAUGUUCUGCGACGUUUAUUGUUACUUUCACAAACCGAAUGUAAUGCUUUUUUUUUUUAUUUCCUUCCACUUGUCAGAGCAUGCACCCUCGAUGUCAUUGUUUUUCCUUUUGCAUUGUGCGCCACAGUACGCCCUCGUCGUGCUCUGCUUCCUACAGUUCAGCUUUUACAAAUUUGCACCGCUUUCAUGCAUAUUUUCCAAAAAGAAAAACACGGAUGAUGUUCACAUUUGGUUCAAAUCUGCCCUUUGUACUCAACAAAUUACUCAUCUAUGCAAUCAAUUCUGUCUGAAACUGUUUCAGGAAGUCCAGAGGGUAAUUUGAUCAUUUUAUUACCAUUUUUAGCUUAUUUAAGGGGAAUCUUGUGAUCAUAACUUUAUAAUCAGUGGGGAAAAAAAAAAACCUUUGUUGGCUUUACAGCUGCAAGCUUUAUUAGGUGAUAAUAAGCAUAUUUUGCAUGUUUUCUUUGGUGUUCGGAGUAUUAUAUUUUUGGUGUUGAGCUUUAUGGCUUUGAUCCAUGUCAGGACUUUGGCUGGUCCACUCCAAAGUAUUCAAAUUACUUCCAGUGAAAAUCGAACAUGUUGCUUAGCUCAGAAGAUUCAACUUUGUUCUCUCCCUGCAGUCAGUCACCCUGCCUCUAGUAGCCUCAGCAGUUUAGGAGUCUCGCAAGUUAUCUUUCUGGAAGAAAUGAUCUUCCAUGUUAGGUAAAACAUUUUGGACCAGAAGGUUGUUGAGCAGGAGAAACGACAUAACUGCUUUUUAAAUGCGUCAAGAGGCUAAUAUUGAACUUUUAACAACCACUUCGUCAAUACCUGAACCACAACCCAACAGCCAACUGACUUUAAUGAGCUUCACCAUUUCUGAUAAUAAUAAUAAUAA